CCCUCUGCGCGAAAAAGUUGCCCUUUAGGUCCCUUUUUAAACCCUUUCCCCUCUCACCCUAAACAAAUGCUCUCUAGCUCUUGAAGUCUCCCACGCCAGGGAAACCUAUCCAUGCCCUUCAUGAUUUUAUAAACCUCUAUAAGAUCACCCCUAACCCUCCUAUGCUCUAGGGAAAACAGCCCCAGCCUAUUCAGCCUGACGUUGUCUCUCAAAUCUACCAACCUGAGCAACACCCUAACAAAUUGUUUCUGAAGCCUUUCAAGUUUCACAAUAUCUUUUGUGCUCUUGUGAUUAUGUUCAGGGCUUAUGUAUUAUGUUCAGGGCUUAAGCGAGGGCAUUUCUUGAGGGGAAUUAACGUUCAAUUUUUUUUCUAAUCCUUAGGACCCUUUUAAUCUUUCCCUUCUUCCCUAAACCUAUGCUCUCUCGUUUGGGAGUCCCCUACCCAGGUAAAAGAUGUACAAAAGUUGAAUAGCCAGACAAAAUGCAAAAGGAGUAAAAUAGCGAGACGCAAGAGAAAAAGAAAUGUCGUUCCAGCCUUUUUUUUUAUUUCUCCUAUUGUCAUUUGAACACAAAAUCUGUCAGUAACACCAACAACCUCACCGAGCAUAUUGCGCAUGUUCGCCGGUGUCAGCAAGAAUCUUCUUGCUGUCCGCGGAAACGGCGCGCGACCUCCUUUCGUUAGACCAAUGGGGAAACUUGGAAGACCGGAAGGAGUGUGGUCCUCCUGCCAAUCAAAGCCCCCCCCCAUUGUCUGAAUGCGGAAAUUCGAUAAUGAGCUUACGAAGCUGCUGCUGAUGCUGCUUCUCCUUUCCGUCUGAAUGAAGAUUGAGCUUCACCCCAGACUGCGUCUGUCUCCCUCUGUCCAACAUCUGAAGUCACGCAGGGGAAAAAAUUCUGAAAACAAUUGACGCAUCAACUUCUGAUGGAGCCAUUUGAUUCUUUGGGAUUUGACUAUUAGCAUGUACUCAAACAGAAGAAAUGUUUGCUUUUUGUCUGCUUGAAAGAUUUUGGACACUGGUGUGGCAGGAACAAUACUGACUCACCUGAGUGAGGGAGGUUCAGUGCGCUGACUGUGAAAAGUGCUUCACCCCAUCUCCUCAGCUUAGGGGAUCAAAAUCUCACCCCUCACGGUGGGGGAAGACUGUGUACCCGUUCUGCUUGUAAUUUCAAACACAGCAACACAAGGAAAGUUCCCCCUCCAUGGAGAAACCGUGGAAAUGUGGGGACUGUGGGAAAGGAUUCUAUUCCCCAUCGGCGCUGGAAACUCACAGACGUGUUCACACUGGGGAGAGGCCGUUCAGCUGCUCUCAAUGUGGGCAGAGAUUCACUGCAUUAUCCCACCUCAUGAGACACCAGCGCGUACACACCAGGGAAAGGCCCUUCACCUGCUCAGUGUGCGGGAAAGGAUUCAGUCGGAUGAGCAACCUGCAGACUCACCAGCGGGCCCACACGGGAGAGAAGCCGUUCACGUGCCCCAUGUGUGGGAAGGGGUUUGCUCAGGCAUCUCGACUGUUAAUCCAUAAGCGGGUCCACACCGGGGAGAGGCCGUUCACCUGCUCUGUGUGCGGGAAGGGAUUCAGUCAGACGGGCAAUCUGCAGACGCACCAGCGGGCCCACACGGGAGAGAAGCCAUUCACCUGCCCUGUGUGUGGGAAGGGGUUUGCUCAAUCAUCUAGACUGUUAAUCCAUAAGCGGGUACAUACAGGGGAGAGGCCAUUCACCUGCUCAGUGUGCGGGAAGGGAUUCACUCAGUCAUCUACACUCCUGAUCCACCAGCGGGUACACACUGGGGAGAGGCCAUUCACCUGCUCCGUAUGCGGGAAGGGAUUCAGUCGGAUGGGCAACCUGCAGAAGCACCAGCGGGUCCACACGGGGGAGAAGCCAUUCACAUGCCCGGUGUGUGGGAAGGGGUUUGCUCAGUCAUCUACGCUGCUUGCCCACAAGCGGGUCCACACUGGGGAGAAGCCAUUCACCUGCUCCAUGUGCGGGCAGGGGUUCAGUCGGUUGGGUAACCUGCAGACGCAUCAGCGGGUCCAUACUGGGGAGAGACCAUUCACCUGCUCUCAGUGCGGGAAGGGAUUCAUCAAUUCUUCUGCCCUACUGACCCACCAGCGGGUCCACACUGGGCAGAGGCCAUUCACCUGCCCUGACUGCGGGAAGGGAUUUAUCAACUCUUCCACCCUGCUGAUCCACCAGCGGAUUCACACCGGGGAGAGGCCAUUCACCUGCUCUCAGUGCGGGAAGGGAUUUAUCAAUUCUUCCACCUUGCUGCUCCACCAGCGGGUCCACACCGGGGAGAGGCCAUUCAGCUGCUCUCAGUGCAGGAAGGGAUUCACCCGCUCCUCCCACCUGCGGAGGCACCAGCGAGUUCACACCGGGGAGAGGCCGUUCUCCUGCCCCGAGUGCGGGAAGGCCUUCAGCGAUUUCUCUGCCUUGCUGAUGCACCGGUGGGGCCACACGGGUGAGAGGCCCUUCAGCUGCCCUGAGUGCGGGAAGGCUUUCAGCAAAUCCUACUCCCUGCUGAGGCACCAGUGGGUCCACACCGGCAAGAGGCCCUUCAGCUGCCCCACGUGUGGAAAGGCCUUCAGCGAUUCCUCUGCCCUGCUGAACCACCGGAGAGUCCACACUGGUGAGAGGCCCUUCAGCUGCCUCGAGUGUAGGAAGGGUUUCACUCGCUACUCCCACCUUGUAUCCCACCAGCGGGUGCAUAGUGGCGAGAAGCCCUUCCACUGCCCCGAGUGCGGGAAGACUUUCAGUAAUUCCUCCAACCUGCUGACCCACCGGCGGGUCCACACCGGCGAGAGACCCUUCAGAUGCCCUGAGUGUGGGAAGGGCUUUACGUGCUCCUCUGACCUGCUGAAGCACCGGCGGGUCCACACUGGGGAGAGGCCCUUCAGCUGCCCCGAGUGUGAGAAGGGCUUUACCCAGUCCUCUGACCUUCUGGCCCACCUGCGAGUCCACACUGGGGAGAGGCCAUUUGCCUGCCCCGAGUGCAUGCGGAGGUUCACAUUGUCCAGCAACUUGCGGAAGCACCAGCGCAGGCACCAGCAUUCUCAACAAUCUGAUUCCCCCGGUGACACUGCUGUGGGUCACCCCCAGGACUGAACCUCCUGCCUGUUCUGACAGUGUGCACGGUGGGAGAGUUGGUGGGCUCUUUUUGUUUUCUGCUGGAAAUUCCCCCACUGCAAACCCCAACCUCAGCUCAGUGGCCACCAGGACCUGGGUUCGAUUCCACCCUCAGCAACUGUCUGUGUGGAGUUUGCAUGUUCUUCAUCCACGCCUGUGA